CGAAAACUGCCUUCGUAUUGUUUGGGGGCACGUGGCAAUGGGUUCGGUGUCCGAUGGGGAUUUGCAACGCGCCUGCCACGUUUCAGCGGGCUAUGAAUGUGACAUUCCAGAACUUCGUCAACAAGACGCGGCUAACUCAGGGGAUGGUUAACUUAUGCGUCAUCGUGUAUAUGGACGACAUCCUAGUCUACUCGGAGACCUAUCACGGGCAUGCACAACAAAUCGAGUGGACGCUCGGAGCUCUGAGAGAUGCUAGGUUCAAAAUCGCGCUCGAAAAGAGUGAGUUUUUCCUCUUGGAAAUCUCGUUCUUGGGUUACGUGGUGACACGUGGGGGACUGCGACCAGACUCGAGAAAAGUCACGGUGGUGAAAGACACCCCUGUCCCCACGUCAUUGACGCAGGUUCGAGCUUUUCUGGGGCUGGCAUCAUACUAUCGUCACUUCAUCAAGGGCUUCGCCGCAAUUGCGCGGCCUCUAACGAACCUACUGCGGAAGGACCAGCCCCUCAGCUGGGAUGCAGAGCGCGAACGGGCCUUCGCCACCCUCAAGGACGCCCUGGCGACGACACCUAUUUUGAUCCGACCGGACCCUACGAAGAAGUUCAUUCUUAUCACGGACUGGCAUCCAGAGGCGAUGUCCGCUAUUCUAGCGCAGAAGGGGAACGGCGACCGAGAACACGUCAUCGAGUACGCAUCACGCACGGUGUCAGACGAGCGGAGGAACGAUUCGGCCCCGCAGGGCGAAUGCUACGCAGUGGUCUGGGGGAUUCGGCACUUCCAUGCGUACUUGUACGGACAAAAGUUCCUCCUUGUAACCGAUCACGAGCCAUUAUUGGCUCUCAAGAAGCUCACUAAUUACACGGGUAUGAUUGGACGGUGGGCGGUGCGUCUGCAGGAAUACGACUUCGACAUCAUCCAUCGAAAGACGAAGAGGCAUGGCAACGAGGACGGGUUGACACGUCUGCAUCGCCCCGCUAACGUGAGGAAAUGUGCUCGCCAAGGGAAGAUAGCGCCACGAUUCUUCGGGCGAUUUCGUGUGAUCGAACGGGGUGAACGCCAUGCGCCUCGUGUCGGAGGUCUCGGGAAGCCAAUCGGCUCGACUGAUCGUCCGCCACGUGUCCUAUCUUCGUCUUCUCCCUUCCUCUCCAUCUCCAGCUGUGUCUGCUUCCUCCUUCGCUACAGAGGAGGACGACGACUCUUUACCGCUCUCAUCCCCUCCUGCAUCUUUUGCCCCUUCUCAUACCCUGUCCCCAUCGCCAUCGCCAUAAGUUUUCUCACUGAGCGGGCUCUCGGCGAUCACAUGUUGGUGCCACGUGGCGACAUUUCGGUAAUUCGGCAAGUCCAUCACCCGCGAUUCAAUCCAGAUCUUCUACGGCUCGCGCAGUUCUUCUGUACCACGGGAGUGUACGUGGCGACGGAGUUCCGAUUCACGGGCCAUCGUCAAGCGAUCGUGUUGGCAGAGGCGUUGGCUGUUCGACGGCUGUCAGCACCGAGAGUUCGCCACGUGUCUACCAUCGUCAUCUUCGGCGGUGAUAUUAGCACAAUCAGCCCUCUACGACACAAGACCAUCCGGACGUCGUUCAGGGAGUGGGGCCAGCAGCUGGCAACGGAGUGGAAUCAGUGGCUUACUCGCCGUGGCGAUGAUCUUGUCCCCACAGAUGACAUCGGCGUCGGAGGAAUCCGAACAUCUCGACACGAGCCGGCGGUGGUGCUUCCGGAGCUCAUGACGUGGACGAGGGACAUAGAGCACCGCGCCUGGAUCGAAUACGUGGAGUUGUUGAUCAUCCAAGCUUGGAGGACGGAGGUGGAAGGAGACCUGCUCGGGUUUCUAUCCGGAUUGGUGCGGCCUGGGCAUCGACAACUGAUCGUACAGAAGCUCACGAUUCCCCUCGCGCAGCUGGUCGACGAUCUCCCUCUCGAUAUCGUUUCUCAAUGCGACGAGAGUCCGGUCCCGCAUGUCCUUUCACGAACUCUGACGUGGUCGGCCUGCCUCGAAGAGCAGGGAGGUAACAACAACCCGCCAUCGCAACGAGAAUACCAGGUCCCGCGGAGGAUAAUUGACCUCGCCUUCUUUCAGCCUCGAACGGCCUCCGAAGACGAAGGGCUAAUUCUAGAGGAGGAAGAAGAAGAGGGCGUAGAGGAAGGCGACGAGGAGGAAGAAGAGGAAACCUCCGAAGAAGCAGGAAGUUACAGUGAAUACAGCGAGAAAGAGUCAGGUGGUGGUGAAGAAGAAGAAGAAGAAGAAGAAGAAGAAGAAGAAGAAGAAGAAGAAGAAGAAGAAGAAGAAGAGGAAGAGGAUCAGUUGGAGGAAGAGGAGGAAUCUGAGUGGGAGACUUUGGGUGAAGAGGCGGAAUGCGCUGAGACUCGGGAGGAGGAUCCCGAGGCGGCACGAAGGAGAGAGGAGAUCGCAGCCGGGAAGCAGCCGCUGGAGUUCGCAAGUGGAGUGGAUCUGUCGAUCCCGAACAACCCGGCCAAGGAUCCCGAGCCGCCCAAGAACGACAAUGGGAACCUUGCUACCGAGACUUCGAGCGCACCGGCCCGACGUCGACGGAGUCGAUCCCCCUCCCCCUCCACCUCCGCCUGUCCACCAGUUCGAGCUCGUACCGAUGCGGGGCAUCGGGCUUCGUCCCCGGUCCUUAUCCCGUCGCCCCCGUGACCACCUCACCCUCCGCCAGAUCACCACCCGCAUCACCUUCCCCCUUAAUCCCUUUCCAAUCGACACCUUCCGCUUUUUCUACGCCACCCGUCU